AUGGGAGACCCAGGGGUGGACGGCGACAGGGGUCCGAGGGGAGAGAAGGGAGAGACGGGCGCCAGGGGUUCGAGGGGAGAGAAGGGAGAGACAGGCGCCAGGGGAGAGAGGGGCGCUGACGGUGCUCACGCUAAAAAGGGAGAGAAGGGAGAGGAUGGGGUGAGGGGGGAGCCUGGGCCCUCUGGACCCAAGGGCACCUCCAAGAAUCCUCAGCUCACCGUCGCCUUCUCGGCGAAGAUGUCGCGCGAGGUGGCUGCGCUGUACAGCAACCUCUCAGGCAACCCGCCUCAGUCGCUGGCCUUCGAUUCGGUGAUCACGAACACGAGGCACAGCUACGACCCCGAGGAGGGCCACUUCACGUGCGUGGAGGAGGGCGCCUACUUCUUCUCGUUCCACGUGCUGCCCCGCCUCGCCAUGCCGCCGCUGCGCGUCAAACUGGUGAAGAACGAAAGCCCGAUGUUGGUGGUGUCGUCGUCGUCGUCGUCUUUGUCGGAGUCAUCGGCGUCGUCGUCGCUGUCCACCCCGCUGAGCGGCUCGACCGUGCUCAUGCUCAAGAAAGGAGACCAAGUGUGGCUGCGUCCAAUGCCGUCGAGCAACGGCCUCCACGUGGACGAGUUCACCGAUUGCUGCUUCACGGGAUACCGCCUCUAA